GAGAUUUCACGAGAUGUCAAUUCAAGAUGGCGCUUACGUUGAAGGAACUUGCUUCAUUGCUAAGCGUGCUAUCUGAAGAUGCCACCCAGACACAGUCAUUUGAAGCUUUGGCUUCGAGCUUCCAUCACUACUUCACCAAACAGGACCACUUCAAAGUCGGAUCAGCUUUGGUGCUGUUAUUACAGAACAGAGACCUCCUCCCUCAUCCGACACAGAAGCUGGCUGCUAUUUUUCUACUGUAUGAGAUGUACAGGACUGAGCCUAUAGCUGUUAAUCCAUUCGCAACAGUGUUUGUACACUUACUGAACCCACCCACAGAGAACCAGGAGGCAGGCCAAUUUGACCUUCACUGGGCUAUCCCAGCAAUCUCUCCCUCAGAGCGAUACUUUCUGUCACAGCUAAUCUCCAGUCCCACCAAAGAAAUGUUCAAGAAAACUCCAACAAAUAUUAUACAGAUGGAUGUACUCAAUAUGCAGAAUUUUGACGUUAGUGGAUUACAGUUGGCACUGGCAGAACGACAGUCUGAGAUGCCGGCCCAGAGUAAAUCAGCGAUGCCCUGUGUGGUACCUGACCCUGACAAUAAACCAACCAGGUCAAUCUUCUCUCAGUAAGAUACAAUAGCUAAUAUUAUUCACCUGAUUUACCAUGGCUUACCGUCUGUAUGUCACAAUUCAGUACUAUUUUUAAAACCUUAGGGACCCUUUCAUCUGUGUUGGCUGAGCCCAGUUGAGGGAGACUACAAUAUCGCAUGGGAUACUACAAUGUGUGUGAGCAGUUCUGCGGGCUUUGAGGUGAAGAGGCUGAUGUCAAAGGCUUUUAAAGGUCCCCUAAUCCUGACACAACAGCAACAGCUCCUAGGGGAACUGGAAAAGGACCCUAAACUUGUCUAUCAUAUAGGUCUAACACCAGCUAAGCUGCCUGACUUGGUGGAGAAGAAUCCUCUGGUAGCAAUAGAAGUGUUACUGAGACUGAUGCAGUCAAAUCAGAUUACUGAGUAUUUUUCCGUUUUGGUGAAUAUGGAGAUGUCCCUACACUCUAUGGAGGUCGUCAACCGCCUCACUACGGCAGUAGAACUACCUUCUGAGUUUAUCCAUUUGUACAUCUCCAACUGUAUAUCGACGUGUGAGACAAUACGGGACCGAUACCUACAGAACCGACUUGUUCGGCUUGUUUGUGUCUUCCUACAGUCUCUUAUCAGAAACAAAAUCAUCGAUGUCAAGGAUAUAUUCAUUGAAGUGCAGGCAUUUUGUAUAGAGUUUAGCAGAAUUCGAGAAGCAGCUGGGCUGUUUCGACUCUUAAAAUCUCUGGACACAGUUGAUGCUUCACAAAUACCACCAGCUCCUAUCAAAUAGUGAAUGUGAUCGCUUUUGAAGUGAUAACUUUUAACAGACUGUUGGAGACUGUUGGAGACUGUAACCUUCAUACCUGCAUGUGUACUGUCGCUCAGGAACACUGCAGUGUGAUACAGACAGUAAAAGGGUCUGACUAGUGCAAUCCUAGUUAUACACUGCCAGCAGGACAGUUUGAAGGACCAAACAGAGACAACUUAUUCAUAGGUAUACUCUCAGCAGAAGACUGUAUUCAUAGUUACAGAUACACACUCAGCAGGAGACUGUAUUCAUAGUUACAGAUACACACUCAGCAGGAGACUGUAUCCAUAGUUACAGAUACACACUCAGCAGGAGA